CUCAUCCGGAAAUGAAUGCGUAUUGUAGAGUCGCUGUUUUCAACCACAAAAUAAUCAACUGAGAUUCGAGUAUAGAGCGAUAUCUUUUGCGCAUUUGAACCCAGGCAUAAUAAUUAAAUCAUUAUGGGUGGGUACGGUGUGAUGGCAGACGAGGAAUCACUGGAUUAUUCAGUGCAUGAAGCGUGGAAUGAGGCCACCAAUGUUUACCUGCUGGUUAUUUUGGUCAGUUUCGCCCUGCUCAUGUACGCCAGAAAAAAUAAGAGGAAGAUUAUGCGCAUAUUUACGCUGCCACCGACAGUCGGAGCCUCAGCAGAACCGAACUUCUACGACAGCCUACAGAAAGUCAGACUGAGACAACAACUGGAAAUGUAUUCCCUAGCUCGUAAACAUGACCAACAGACACAGUCUGCAGACAGUGUGCAGCUGUCGAUGGAGUGAUCUCGCCAGAGGGGGCACUCUGCACUCACCAGUGGUACUAAUGUGAAUAAAGAAAUCUGAGCGGACGUGCCACUGCUCACAGAGACUGAGAAGUGGAUUGCUGAGGAUUAAACACAUUUUCAUUUUCUUUGAAGAGCUGUUCUUUUUAUUCACAUUCUUAACACCCUUUAAUCAUUAUGAAGAAGAAAGUGACAUAAUUAUUAUUUAAAAAACUUUUGUGAUGUGAUUUUCUUAAGUGAGUGUAGGUGGACUACACUCAAUUAAAUUGCUUGUUUAACAUCUCAGUAUUUCAUAUAUUGAAAUAUUACACAUCAUCUCUGUACUAUGUCAUAAACAAAGUUGGUCACUGUUUGGCAUCUGUAUUCAAACAUUAAAGGAAUAGUUCACCCAAAAA